AUGCGAUCCCGCAGCAACAGUCUGGAGGACAUAACCAAGGCCAAGCUGGUGCAGGCGGACACGCGCAAGCGAUCUGCCGAACGCGAGGAGCCAUCGGGAAGGGCCGAGCGCCGCAGCCGGUACCGUGAGCCGCCGGAUGACACCGGAACCAUCCAGCGGAACCACAAGACGGCCAAGAACUGCACCAGCUCCGGCGGGAGCGGCACCAGCAGCAGCAGCGGUGCCACGAAGGCCGGUCGCAGGGAGAAGGGCAGGGACCUCUCCCGGGAUGACCUGGUCUUUCUGCUGAGCCUGCUGGAGGGAGAGCUACAGGCCAGAGACGAGGUGAUCACAGUCCUGAAGGCGGAGAAAAUUGACCUGGCCCUGCUGGAGGCCAAAUAUGGCUUUGUCACACCGCAGAAGGUCCUGCAGGCUCUGCAGAGAGACGCCAUCCAGGGCAAGGCGGACGACUUCCAGGAGGACAUCUACGAGAGGCCCAUGGUUGAGCUGGAUAAACUGGUGGAGAAGCAGAGGGAGACGCACCGGCGGAUGCUGGAGCAGCUGCUGAUGGUGGAGCAGUCGCACAAACAGGCCCUGUACAAGCUGGACGACGAGAAGAGGAACCACGGCGAGUUCAUGAAGAAGAGCGACGAGUUCACCAACCUGCUGGAGCAGGAGCGCGAGAGGUCGGUGCACUAA